AGGUGUACUCAAAACUGAAGGGCAUUCCCGUCAUUUUCCCCACUGAACCUUAUUGACCAUACUUUGACUAUAUGCCCCCCGCUUCUCCGCGUGUUUCCGAUAUUCCUUUUUUACCCUUUUACUUGUCAGAGGUUUCUCACUCUUCCUCUCUCCGCCGUUACUCCGCUCAAUGGCGUUACCGGAGACAAUUCUCAGCUCCUUAAAUUUACCAUAAAUUUUGAGCGAGAUUGAGCUGCAAUCUUGAGGGGUUUGUGCCAAACUUUUCCGAUCGGAGAGGCCGAAACCGCCGCGAAAAAGGGGGCGGGGCCGGGGGCGGAGAGGAGUGGGACCCCCUCUUUAUCUGAUCGUGAAGUUUGUCUGGCGGGAACUCUUCAAGAUUGGUGGUGAUUUACGAGCACAAGAUUUCGGUACUCUGCACAUGUUGGGCAUUUUCUGUUGUGGCGUUUGUUUCACUGGAGAGGUGGGGGAUGAAGUGCGAGAUAGUUCAUCUGAUGUUGGGUCUCUUUCUUGUGCUGCUCAUAUCUGUUCCUGUCACUAUAGAGGCAUCAGGGGCAGAUGAUGAUUAUAAGCAGUGUGAACAUACUGUCAAGAACUGGGCAUCCUUUUCUGCUGAUACUGAAGUUAGUGGCAACCAACACGACUUGCAUGACUUGCUACUUUUCCUUCAUGUACCUCGAACAGGGGGACGGACAUACUACCAUUGUUUCUUGAAAAAGCUGUAUACAAGCUCCCUGGAAUGUCCUCGGUCGUAUGAUAAACUGAGAUAUAAUCCAAGAAAAUCGAGUUGCCGUUUAUUAACUACACAUGAUGACUACAGCGUGAUGUCCAAACUUCCCAGGGAGAGGACUUCAGUGAUGACAAUACUUAGAGACCCUAUUGAACGUGUUUUUAGCACUUACGAAUUUUCUGUGGAGGUGGCCGCUAGGUUUUUGAUUCAUCCUAAUUUAACAUCUGUUGCAAAAAUGUCCCGAAGUGCACGCCGUAAGACAUCUGGAGUAAGUACUCUGGAUAUCUGGCCGUGGAAGUAUUUGGUUCCUUGGAUGAGAGAAGACCUUUUUUCACGGAGGGACGUUCGAAAACUCAGAGGGCAACUUCAUUUAGUGACCAGUGAUCCGUAUGACAUGGAAGACAUUGUGAUGCCUCUGCAUGUUUACAUUAAUGAGCCUGUUACUCGAGACAUUGUCCACAACGGGGCCACGUUCCAGAUUGUAGGUCUCACGAACAACUCUUAUUUUUCUGGAGCACAUGACGUGCGUCAUUGUGUGCUUAAGUAUCAUUCCCUUGGUGAUUAUGUGCUUCAGGUUGCAAAGAAGAAGUUGGAUAAUAUGCUUUAUGUUGGACUGACUGAAAAUCAUAAAGAAUCAGCCAAUGUGUUUGCAAAUGUAGUUGCUGCACAGGUGAUUUCCAAGCACAAAACACCAAACUUUGAUUCAGAUGGUGCUGGCAACGACUCAGAACAGGGAUCCAAACUUCCUAGUAUGAAGACUGAUACUAAUGAUAAAGAUGAAAAUACUCUUCAAAACUUGAAGAAUGCUUCAUCAACUGGAAAGGAUAAUGCAGUACAGGAAAAUUGGACUGUGGGGAAACUGAUGGAAGCAUACAAUUCUUGCGUUUCACAAUUAAGAGAUUCUCAAAGAGAUAGGCGUGUGAAUUCUCUGAAGCAAAUUUAUCCAGCAAACUUUACAAAGGAGGCUCGUAAGCGGGUUCCGGAGGCCCUUAUUAAGGAGAUAACAUUGCUUAACAGCCUAGAUAUAGAGCUCUAUAAGUAUGGUCAGUACAUCUUCGAAAAGCAACAGGCACAUAUGAUGCAGAGCAUGGUCCAUGACGAAGAGCUAACGGGCACGCUCUCGACAAGCACAAUCCGCAGAAUCUACAGUACCCCUUCCUGGACAUGUGUGUCCUUAUCUAUCACUGCUCUGCUGCUGCUUAUCUUCAUUUUUGUCUUUGUAAGUUCAAGAAGAAGAACGUCAAAAGUUAAGCUGUAAAUACUGAAAAUGUCCAAAAUUUAGUGGAUAAUCCAGCAGCCUGCUCCAUUGUUUUUUCAGAUAAACUGGUUUUUCUUAGCACAAUUUUUUUUAAAAAACCAACAGAAAAAUGCUUCAGCAGGCUUCUUCAUACGAGCUCAUGAAGUCGAAUUUGUCUUGGUAUUGGAUUCUAUUAUUAUUAUUAUUAUUAUUAUUAUUAUACUGGAGAAAUGAAAUUAUUAUAUUUCCUUGAGGUA